CAGCAGUUGCCAUGGUGAUGCUGUCGCGAGGACGCUUCUUCGUCAAAAAGAGUUUGAUAUCCAUUAACAUUAAUGAUUAAUUAAACUAUGCGAAGGACAAAAUAAGGAGGAAAAGUGGCUUAAUUUAAUCUGAAAGUUAUUAUAAACUUUAAUUACGCUGUGCAAUAGAAUGUCAGAGUCUGGGACUGUAAAGGUCUCAUACAUCUUUCCAAAUGGAGACAAAUAUGAGGGUGAGUGCUGUCAUACCUCGGACGGCGUGGCGAUGAGGAAAGGUUUCGGCACACAGACCUCGUCCUCAGGGACGACGUACACUGGAGAGUGGAACGACGAUAAGAUGAACGGCAGCGGGACGCUCUCACACCCCUCAGGAGCCGUGUACAAAGGCCAGUUCCGAGACAACAUGUACCACGGCAGCGGAACGUACCACUUUCCUGACGGGACGAAAUACUCUGGAACGUUCAGCAACAACAGACUUGAGGGUGAGGGCGAGUUCACCGACCCGGAGGGACUCGUGUGGACUGGAAACUUCCAUGGAAAAGCAGCGCCAGGGCUCAAACUCAAACUUAAUAUGUAACACACACACACACACACACACACACACACACACACACACACACUCUUUUCUGUCCUUGUAGGGACCUUCAAUUGAGUUAUUAAUGCAGCUAAUUAAUGCUAUGCUACACUUAAAUCUAACCCUAAUAUUAACAUCAGGAAACUUUUUGCUUCUUUUAGUUUUUUAA